GGCACUUGACGCGAUAAAACGCGACGCGAUAAGACACGUUCAAGGGCUCCCGUACUGAGCGACAUUGCAUGUCCCCUAACAAUAGCGGGGCAAUCAAAUGGCUGUCGAAUGGAUCAGCCACGAAUGGGUACGUCUGAUAAGGCAGCUUAUCAGUGGGAUACACCCUGGACCAUCUUCAGAUGACCCUUGCACUUGUGCCCAAACACUUGCUACGGCGGCACUCUAGAGCCACCAGCGCAAAAGGUACAUUUCCUUCUCCUGUCAACACAGCAUCCCGCGGAGUCGCUGGACGUGACAGAGCCAGCACCUGGAGCCCAACAGCUCAUACAGUCGAAUGGCUUCAAGUAGAGAGCUUUUUCGCAAGCACCAUCUUUUGGAGCUUCAUUAUUCGUUGUCUCCAUUUGUUCGCUGGCCAUUAUGUGCUGAUCUCUUACUCGUCGCUAACAUUGCACUGCAUUCACUCACUGUAUGUCUGGUUGGUGUCCCUAACACCACGCUGUAAAUUGGUGUGUGUCGUGCGUUUGCCGUGCACUUCGGCACCACUUGCCCGGCGACUGUUGGCUGCGUUUUGCAACAACAACAUCAGCGCGACAGACAAUCAGCUAGCGGUCCAACAGUCAGUCAUUCAGUCCGAUGAAGCCCUAUACAGCAGCAAAAAAGAAAGACAGGCCAGAGACACAAACGGCAAAAACAUACAACAGCGGGGAUUCGCUGGUCGUCACCGACCCAACUACUAAUCCGCCGGUUAGUGGCUUGACUAUGGGAGAGCGGACGGGAUCCCGUAUUUUCCACUACCUUUGGUCGUAUGUACAAGACUCGUCAUUUCUUUUGGCCUAUAUUGACAGUAGUGCCGUGAUCUGACAGCCUUUGUCUUGACCUCUAGCAUUUCGCCUCAGGUACUGUCGCUUUUGGUAGGUUCUGCUUGCUUCAUUUCCUGUUACAGAAGGUCAGAUAAC